AUGCGAAUCAAAAAUGCAACUCAACAGCUAAAUUUAGGAUUGAUUUCCAUUUGGCAAUUUUUGCAGAGAUGUUCUUAUGUCACUGAAGGGUAUGAACAGAGACAACGGAUUUGGGCUCUGCGGAACAAUGACGAGAUGGCCGAUGAAGGACAGAUUGAACAUUUUGAACAAAUACUACCUGACGAAUUACCUUUAGAGGUUGAACUAAAUGUUGGAGACCCACCAGCACGAAGGCCUAGAGAAUUACCUUUAGAAGAAAGGGUUGAUGUUGCUGAUCCACCAGCAGAAAGUUCUGUAUGCAUGGUGUGUAUGGUAGUAGGGGUAAAUGGCACUGCUGCCGAGUAUAUAAUUUUGCCAUGCGGCCAUGCAUGGGUAUGUGCAUCAUGUCUGGAACGCUUAGAGGUGCCAAACUCGGUUUCCUUUGUGCCGAUUACCUAA